UCACUACAAUCUUUAAAGAAGAAAAAACAAGUCAUGUGAUUUUUCUCAUCUAUUUCCUGUCACCUUGAGAUAUUUCCUGCUGCUGUGAUAUCGAUUAUAACGUCACAAUGACGUCGGUAAACACACAGCUGUUACGAUAUAAUACGCUCAGACACCGCUGGUGAAAUAAAUUGGCAGAAGUUUUUAAGUUUGCUGUAGACAGUUUAUCAGGAAUGGCGACUAUUUUGCGUAAAACACUGAUUCCUAGGCAAAGAAUUGUGAACGCUGUACAAGGUCAUCUUUGUCCCUUACAGAAAACUAAUGAUCCCUCGUGUCAGCGAAAUCCAGAUGAUAUUACGUGUAAAGUUUCUCCAUGUCGAGUCCCUAACUUUGGACUUCUUUUUGAUAUUGAUGGUGUCAUUGUAAGGGGUAGAAAAGUAUUACCCUAUGCAGUAAAAGCUUUUCAAAAAUUAGUUGAUGAAGAAGGACAGUUUAGAGUACCAACUAUUUUUGUAACAAAUGCUGGAAAUUCCAUGCGACAUCAAAAAGCUCAACAAUUAACAAAUUGGUUGGGAGUAGAGAUUACAGAAGACCAAGUGGUAAUGUCACAUAGUCCUCUUCGAAUGUUUAAGCAAUUCCAUGAUAAACAUUGCCUUAUAUCUGGACAAGGACCAAUUAUUGAUAUUGCUCAUGGAUUAGGAUUUACUAGAGUUACCACAGUAGAUCAGUUACGUAAUAGUUUUCCAACUUUGGAUGCUGUCGAUCAUAAAAGGAGAUUAGCAUUGUUGAACUAUAUCGAUGGAUAUUCUAGGUUGGAAUCUGUAGUUUUAUUUGGAGAACCAGUAAGGUGGGAAACAAGUUUACAAUUGAUCAUAGAUGUUUUAAUGACAAAUGGUUUGCCAUGUGAUGCUCCUCCUUCAAUUCCAUAUCCACACCUUCCUGUUUUAGCAUGUAAUAUGGAUCUUCAAUGGAUGGCAGAAGCUUGCAUAGCACGAUUUGGCCAUGGUGCAUUUUUGGUUUGUCUGGAGAAUCUUUAUAAGAAAAUUACAGGAAAAGAUAUUAUUUAUACAGCUUUAGUUGGGAAACCAAGUGAAAUAACUUAUCAUCAUGCUGAAUAUUGUGUACAACAGCAGGGCAAGAAAUUAGGUGUAGAAAAUUCAGUGAGAAGACUUUAUGCUAUUGGAGACAAUAUAAAUACCGAUAUCUAUGGAGCCAAUCUUUACAACAGAUAUGUACAGAAGAGAGCUAAAUUAAGAAGAAAAGAAAAACAAACCUUAGCAGCUCAUUUUUCUGGAGGUUUGGGUACCAGAACUGUACAUUCUUCUGUUGGUUCCAGAGUUGAUAUUAUUAGAGAUUCUGAUAUGAAUUUAGAGGUAAAUGAAGGAGUGGUAAAUUGCCAGUCAGUUUUAGUUCAUACUGGUGUAUAUAAUGAAGAUUUCCAAGAUGAUGAUUGUGAUCAUUCUCCCAGGGAUUUUCUUCCAGCAGAAGUCAGUUUGAAAGAACCAACUCACAGAGUAGAAAAUAAUGGUAAAAUUUUUUUUCAUAGAGACAAUAUAAAUACCGAUAUCUAUGGAGCCAAUCUUUACAACAGAUAUGUACAGAAGAGAGCUAAAUUAAGAAGAAAAGAAAAACAAACCUUAGCAGCUCAUUUUUCUGGAGGUUUGGGUACCAGAACUGUACAUUCUUCUGUUGGUUCCAGAGUUGAUAUUAUUAGAGAUUCUGAUAUGAAUUUAGAGGUAAAUGAAGGAGUGGUAAAUUGCCAGUCAGUUUUAGUUCAUACUGGUGUAUAUAAUGAAGAUUUCCAAGAUGAUGAUUGUGAUCAUUCUCCCAGGGAUUUUCUUCCAGCAGAAGUCAGUUUGAAAGAACCAACUCACAGAGUAGAAAAUGUUUUAAGUGCAGUAGAACUGAUUUUUGAAAGAGAAAGUUUUGUUUGAUAACAAAUAUUCAUAGAUGUAUUAUAAAAUUGCUGACGUUGCUACUAAUACUAAAAAGCUUAUUUUUAGAUCCUUUCCUGUUAAUGUUAGAUAUUGUACUUAUUUAGAAAAAUUUAUUUAUUGUUUUUAUUUCUGAAAUAUAACAAUAUGUAAUUAUCUAAAUUUCAAAUAUUCUAGCUCUGACAAAAUAACAUCAGAUGUAUUGUUUACUGUUAUUUCUGAUUAUAAAUUAUAGAGUAUAGUUCAUUCAGUGGAUUAUAAUUUAAGUUGUAAAUAGCUAUUUUAAAAAAAUGGAAAUCCUAAGAAACAUUUUGAACAAAUUGGAAAGAGAUUUGUAUAUCUAUUUAUUUUAAUAAAUAUAUUUUUUAUCCCUAGUAUUAUUUGAUGGAAAAAAGUGAUAAUUUUGUGCAUUCUCAGCAUUUUAAAGAUGUAUUGUAUUUCUUUCACCAUGCAUUGCUGUUUGCACAAUAUUUAAUAUUAGAUAUUAGUAUUAUGUUAAUCCUGUGAUAUGGUCAUCCUGUAGGAGAUACCAAUUCAAUUGAUAUCUUUUGUUGACAAAGAUCUACUGUCUUUAUUUCACUUGUAUAUAUUGAUAUAUAUAUAUAUAUAUAUAUAUAUAUUAUACUGUAAUGAAUAAUUAUGUUUUGUCUUAAGUUAUGUUAUUUUCAUGAAAUAAAAUCUUUUAUAUUUACUAAUUUUGAUUUUUAAUUAAAUAAUUACAUAAUGACUUUGACCAAGUUACAGGUGGGCAACCUUUUUAAGUGCAUGUGCCAAAAUCACCAAAUGUAUGAUGCAAAAUUUUCUUGCAUGCCAACUGAAAUAUUUUGGAGCAUAUUAUUUGGUCUAGUGGCUAGAUGAUUAUACAGGAAAGCUAAUGCUAAUUUAAGCAGAUUUUCUGCCAAAUUGACAACUCUGCUUGUAAGUCAGAUGUCUUGGAAAUAGGAUGUUUGUUUUAUUGAGCUGCAAUUUGAAAAAAACUGUAGACACACGUUUCCACUGUCGUCCGUCUGGUCAUCUGUCCUUAAUCUCGAGAAUGGUAAAACAGAUGAAAGAUGAGACCAGAUAUGGAAAC